AUGGGACACUCACGACGUCCGGCCGGCGGGGAGAAGAAGAGUCGAGGCUUCGGUCGCUCCAAAGUCGCUGAUGUCGGCGAUGGGCGGCAAGCGGGCGGCAAGCCCCAAGUCCGAAAGGCCGCAUUUGAAAGCACGAAAAAGAAAGAGAUUGGUGUUUCCGAUUUGACGUUGCUGAGCAAGAUCUCGAACGAAGCCAUCAACGAUAACUUGAAACUACGUUUUGAACAUGACGAAAUCUACACGUAUAUUGGGCACGUGCUGGUGUCUGUUAACCCUUUCCGAGACCUGGGCAUCUAUACCGAUAGCGUCCUCGAAUCCUACCGGGGGAAGAACAGACUGGAAACUCCGCCCCAUGUCUUUGCGGUCGCCGAAUCCUCCUACUAUAACAUGAAAUCCUAUAAAGACAACCAGUGCGUGAUCAUUUCCGGAGAGUCCGGUGCUGGAAAGACCGAGGCUGCGAAGCGGAUCAUGCAGUAUAUCGCGAGUGUAUCUGGAGGCACGGACUCGUCCAUUCAACAAACGAAGGACAUGGUUCUCGCAACGAAUCCGCUCUUAGAAUCUUUCGGUAACGCGAAGACGCUGCGUAACAACAACUCGUCCCGUUUCGGAAAAUACUUGGAGUUGGAGUUCAACGCCAAUGGAGAGCCAGUUGGUGCCAACAUUACCAACUAUCUGCUGGAGAAGUCGCGAGUUGUGGGGCAGAUUACGAACGAGCGUAACUUCCACAUCUUCUACCAGUUCACGAAAGCUGCGCCGCAGAAGUAUCGAGACAUGUUCGGUUUGCAACAACCCCAGUCCUACGUCUACACUAGCCGAUCUAAAUGCUUCGAUGUGCCCGGUGUCGACGACGCUGCCGAGUUCCGGGAUACGCUCAACGCAAUGGGGGUUAUUGGUAUGACCGAGGCCGAGCAGGACGAUGUUUUCCGCAUGUUGGCGACGAUUCUGUGGAUCGGAAACAUCCAAUUCACGGAGGACGACUCCGGCAACGCCGCCAUCACGGACCAAUCGGUCGUGAACUUCGUCGCCUAUCUUUUAGAGGUCGAUCCGACCGAGGUGAACAAGGCCAUGACCAUCCGUAUCAUGGAGACCGCUCGGGGAGGUCGAAGGGGAUCUGUUUACGAGGUGCCUCUAAACACGACCCAGGCCUUGGCUGUGCGCGAUGCGCUUUCGAAGGCAAUCUACUUCAACCUUUUCGAUUGGAUUGUGGAGCGCGUCAACGCUUCUUUGACUGCCCGGGAGUCUGUGACGAACUCCAUCGGUAUCCUGGAUAUUUAUGGAUUCGAGAUUUUCGAAAAGAACUCCUUCGAGCAGCUGUGUAUCAACUACGUCAACGAGAAACUUCAGCAGAUCUUCAUUCAGUUGACGUUGAAGGCGGAGCAGGAUGAAUAUGCUCGGGAGCAAAUCCAGUGGACUCCGAUCAAAUACUUUGACAACAAGGUGGUGUGCUCGCUGAUCGAGGACAAGCGCCCGCCGGGUGUCUUUGCCGCCUUGAACGACGCAUGCGCAACGGCCCAUGCUGAUUCCGGUGCUGCGGACAACACCUUCGUCGGCAGGCUGAACUUCCUCGGCCAGAACCCUAAUUUCGAAAGCCGACAGGGUCAAUUCAUCGUGAAGCAUUAUGCUGGUGAUGUCAGCUAUGCGGUCGAGGGCAUGACGGACAAGAACAAGGACCAGUUGCUCAAGGAUCUGCUGAACCUCGUCGGCCACUCAAGCAACAACUUUGUGCACACGCUCUUCCCCAACCAGGUUAACCAGGAUGACAAACGACGACCUCCCACGGCGAGCGACAAGAUCAAGGCUUCCGCCAACGACUUGGUGGCGACGCUGAUGAAGGCUCAGCCCUCUUACAUUCGAACCAUCAAACCCAACGACAACAAGGCCCCCAAGGAGUACAAUGUCGGCAACGUGCUGCAUCAAAUCAAAUACCUCGGUCUUCAGGAGAACGUACGUAUUCGACGUGCUGGUUUCGCCUACCGUCAGACUUUCGACAAAUUCGUGGAACGUUUUUACUUGCUUUCUCCCAAGACGUCCUAUGCUGGUGACUACACCUGGACGGGUGACGCCGAAUCUGGUGCCCGCCAGAUCUUGAAGGACACCAGUAUUCCGGCAGAAGAGUUCCAGAUGGGUAUAACGAAGGUGUUCGUUAAGACUCCGGAGACGCUGUUCGCGCUGGAGGCCAUGCGUGAUCGGUACUGGCAUAACAUGGCUAUCCGAAUCCAGCGCGCCUGGCGUAACUACCUCCGCUACCGUAUCGAAUGUGCUAUCCGCAUCCAACGUUUCUGGCGCCGCUGCACUGGCGGCCUUGAGCUCAUUAAGGUGCGCGACAAGGGCCACCAACUGCUCCAGGGCCGGAAGGAACGUCGGCGCAUGAGUUUGCUUGGUUCGCGACGAUUCCUCGGUGAUUACAUUGGCGUGGACAACAAAGGUGGUCCUGGUGAAAUGAUCCGUGACGGUGCAGGCAUUAGCGGAUCGGAAAACGUGCUUUUCUCUUGCCGUGGCGAGGUGCUGGUAUCUAAAUUCGGUCGCUCCAGCAAGCCAUCUCCUCGAAUCUUGAUUUUGACGAGCCGACAUGUAUAUAUCGUAGCGCAAACUAUCGUCAACAAUCAGUUGACUAUCUCGUCCGAGCGAACGAUACCGAUUGGAGCCAUCAAAUCCGUUAGCACAUCGAACCUGAAAGACGACUGGUUCUCGCUUGUCAUUGGCGCACAGGAGCCCGAUCCUCUCGUGAACUGUGUUUUUAAGACGGAGUUCUUUACCCAUCUUUCCACUGCCUUGCGCGGACAGUUGAACUUGAAGAUCAGCGAUCACAUCGAAUACAACAAGAAGCCAGGAAAGCUGGCCACCGUGAAGGUCGUCAAGGAACCCGGCGCUUCCAAUGUGGACAGCUACAAGAGUAGCACAAUUCAUACCAGUGCCGGAGAACCUGCCAGUUCUGUUUCCAAACCAACCCCAAGACCCAAGCAAGUUGCCGCGCGACCCGUCACCACUGGCAAACUACUUCGUCCGGGAGGCCCAGGUGGUGGUCCUUCGAAAUUGGCCUCUCGACCUGCGCCUCCUCGUCAGCCCAUGCCUCAAGCCACCCCACAGCCGGCCGCUGUGCAACCGCCACCACCGGCUCCCCAACCAGCUGCCGCUCAACCUGCACCACCGCCGGCGCCUAGGCCUGUCCCGCAGCCCGUCGCAGCCGUCGCCGCUUCUCAUACACGGACUGCUUCGUCUGGAUCAAUGAGGGCUCCCCCACCGCCUCCUCCUUCAAGUCCUCCGGCACAAAGGAAACCGACCGCCAAGGUCCUGUACGAUUUCAGCAGCGCCCAGUCGAACGAGCUUUCAAUUCGGGCUGGUGAGGUUGUGCAGAUUGUUUCCAAGGAAGGAAAUGGUUGGUGGUUGUGUAUGAAUACUGCAACAUCCGUGCAGGGCUGGACUCCCGAAGCAUAUCUGGAAGAGCAAGCCGCACCUGCACCGGCACCGAGACCUACUCCCCCUCCCCCGCCCCCAGCGGCACCUCGAGCUAGCCCGGUCCCUGCGACCAACGGAGCUGCCACGGCUGCCGCCGCCAAGGCCAAGCCAGCGCCCCCUGCACCACCCGCCAAGCGGCCUAACAUGGCGGGUAAGAGGACAGCACCGGCCCCUCCACCGGCCCCUCGUGACAGUGCUGUAAGCAUGCAAUCGCAGGACUCGUCCGGCGGCAGUGGACGUGCUACUCCUAACAGCGCCUCAAAUGCAAGUUUGGCCGGUGGACUUGCCGAGGCACUGAGGGCAAGACAAAACGCUAUGCAGGGGAAGCAUCAGCAAGACGACGAUGAUGACUGGUGA